GAUGCGAUGCUUCUUGGCCUUUCGCUAAGCUAAAAUAGGACUACGAGCGGUGUUGGAAAUGUCUUUGGAGCUGGUCUCUGCGUUCUCGGACUGCCUUGCGGUAUUUGAAUUCAACUCGAGGGAAUCAAAAAUAUUCUGUACGGGUAGAGAUCUAUUGGGGCUGUCGUUAUAGUUGAAAUACCUCAAGUAUUCAUGAAGAAGCCGUAUCAAUCGGGCCGUGCUCUGCUACGCCCAGGUUCCAGUUAGGUAAUUAUCUGCAACAGACCUUCUCACCGGGUCUCAGUCAGUUGGACGUAAUUACGCGUUAUAGGAGAGAGCGCUUCCUCUCCUGGUUUAAGACCCCGUUUUCGGCUGGAAAGCUGCGAUUCUCCAAGGUUAAGUACUCCAAGAUUCUUACCUCCCGGGUCUAUCCGAACAAGUUGAUCUCCAAUCGCAUCACACUCCCACACAUUGCGACAUGGACGACAGCCAAUCUCGACGAUACAGUCUUCAACCUCUACGCUCUGACUUCAUUCCUAAGAUAUCACCACCCAGGGAGCAAAUCCUGUGGGUCGGAUGCUCAGACAGUAGUUGUGAAGAGCUUGCGCUGCUGGAUGUGUCGCCGGAUGAUAUAUUCCAACAUAGGAACCUAGGAAAUAUAUUGAUUGAUGAUCUGUCUUGCACUACGGCUGUUCGAUAUGCAGUCAGUGCUCUCAAUAUCGAUCAUAUCGUCAUCUGCGGACAUUACGGAUGCGGCAUUGUGAAGACGGCGCAGAAUCCCGGUCUAAAAGACCCCUGGACAAGCAUAAUUGACGGCCUGCGAACAGCCCACAGCACGAGCCUUCAGGGCUUGACAGAGGAGGAGCAGGAUCGCCGGCUGGUCGAGUGGAACGUAGUUGAGCAGAUUCGCUCCGUGGGCCAGAUCCCGGAAGUUGUGGACGCCAUCGAUCGACGCGGUUUGAAGGUUCAUGGUGUUUUCUAUGACAGUGCCUCCCGGAGAGGGUAUCGCGUCACCAACGUGGGUAUUCAUGGUAGGGUGUUAGUGUGAUCUGGGUAUGGAUUUUUCGACGAUUUCAUUCUUUUGUUUCCUAGCUGCUGUGUUGUCACUGUAUCU